CGCCUGAGGAGAAGCAUCUAAGACGCACGGGCAGGUGAUUAGAACUCCUGCUGUCUUUGCCUGGUCCCGCUCCGGUGUCAGCCAUGCCUUCUCUCCGGGAGCGCUUCAAUAGUUACAUCAACGGAGACAACUUGGUCUCCCGCCUCCUAGGAAAGCUAGAGGCGAAAUCGGGGAUCAAGAAGAACUAUAUAGCGACCGGUUCCGUCUGCUCUUUGGGGUUGUACCUUAUCUUCGGUUACGGAGCUUCUUUGGUAUGCAAUCUGAUCGGCUUUGUAUAUCCAGCCUACACGUCGAUUAAAGCGAUAGAAAGUUCGGAUAAAAAAGACGACACGAUAUGGCUGACGUAUUGGGUGGUGUAUGGGGUGUUCAGCGUGGUAGAAUUCUUUUCUGAUAUAUUUCUCUUCUGGUUUCCAUUUUAUUACCUAGGAAAGUGUGCCUUCCUGCUGUGGUGUAUGGCUCCCUUUUCGUGGAAUGGCUCUCAGAUUCUUUAUAGCCGCUUCAUUCGGCCAUUUUUCCUGAAGCACCACCAGACUGUGGACAGUGUAGUAAGUGACCUUGGAGGUCAAGCACUGAGCACUGCUGAAUCACUGACAAGGGAAGUACUUCAGACUCUGACCAGCAGCAAAUCUCUUCUGACACGCGAGGGUGGGCAACAAGCCCUUCCCAGCACCUCACAUGCAAAGGAGCAGUGAUCCACUCCUUGGAAUCAGAAAAAAAGAAAUAA